CAAAUUAUUUGGCAUGCGUUGCAAAAAUCAAUCGCUGUAAUCAACUAGAAAAUAAACCAGUGGGUGUUUAAUAAGCCAUUAAAUGAGAAAUAAUAUUAAAAAUAUAAAUUCCAAAUAGUAAAACUCUAAAAAAUUGUUGGAAAAGGUCAAUCGGGGAAGAACCGGCGAAAUUCGCAUUUCCUAACCUCACUUUUAAUUCCUUCUGCGUGGUCUUCUUCAAUCUUCAUAGUUCAUCGUCUUUAUCAUGAUGGAGAUGGAAGAAAAAGCAAAAACCGAAGCUCUUUAUGAGAGAUUCCGUAGUACUUUUAAUAAACUCACUCCUCAGAAAUUUGAUUCCUUACUUAGUCAAUUCAGAUCUUUACAAAUUGAUACUCAGGAAAAAAUGGAAGGAGUCGUCAAUCUAGUUUUUGAAAUGGCUAUUAGUGAACCCGACUCCUGUGUAGCAUAUGCACUCAUGUGUAAAGAGCUUGCUCUGAUGCAAGUUUCCGGUACCAAUCCUAGAGAUUCUUCUGCAACAAACUUUAGGAAAUUAAUAGUUACUCGGUGUCAGAGAGAAUUUGAAAAAGAUUCUGAAAACGCGAAAUUGAGAGAAACCAAAGCCAAAGAAAUUGAGGAAUGCAUAGAUCUUGGCGAAAAGCAGAAUUUGAAGAUGAUUCUAGAAGAGGAAGAAAAAAAGAUGAGAAAUCGGUCUGUUGGUAAUAUUAGGUUCAUUGGUGAACUUUUCAAGCUAGAAAUGUUAAGCAAAAAUAUUAUGCAUUUCUGCAUAGGAUACAUGUUAGAUCACAGAAAUGAAGAGAACUUGGAAUGCUUAUGUAAACUAUUAACGUCAGUCGGAAAGAAUUUGGAAGAAAUCGAUCAAGAUUUGGAGUCGUCGUUCAAGGUAAUACAAGGCAUAAUAAAUAAUGAGGGUCCUGGAAAAAUAAGUUCCGAUGUCUGUAAAAUGCUUCAAGAAUUGAUCGAGUUAAGAAAAAAUAAAUGGGAAUCUAAGAAUUUAGAGACUGAUAACCAAAUUGAAGAUCAUGAUGGAAUUUCGGCUUCUAAAGGAAGUGGAGCUAUUCAUAAAUAUUCAGAAAUCAGAAAAAUGUGGAUGCAGCCGUCUGAGACUGUGAACCUCCCUAAUGAGCCUUCUUCUCUGAAUGUUAAUGAUUCGGAACCUCGUCCCAAAAGUCCUGAAAGCUUGAUAAGCACUUUCUCCAUAAGUCAGAAUGAGCAAAGAAAGGAUAUCGAUUCUUUUAAGCAGCCAAGACCAAGGUCAAAGAAAAUACCAAACCGUGAAAGGAGAAACUUCAAAUCUUCUUUCGAUAACUUAGAACCUGAAGAUCAAACGAAACUUGAAUCUCUCUACAAAGAAAUUCUUCGUAUUCCUGAUACAUCUGCGCCACAGAAAUUGGAAAAUUUAAUUGUACAAGGCAGAUCGUUACAAUCUGCUUCUCAGCAAAGGUUACUAGAAAUCGUCGAAUUUAUUUUUGAAAAGGCUACAAAGGAACCUAGUUUCUCUUGUGCGUGCGCUUUUCUUUGCAAGGAACUUGAAUUUAUAAGUGUUACUGAUCCCAACCUAAACGACGAAGAUGCCAACAAGUUUGGGAGAGUAAUUGUUACUCGAUGUAAGGUUGAAUUCGAAAAGAAUUCCCAAAUUGACAAAUCUAAGGAAAGUAAAGUCAAGGAAAUUGAGGAGUGCACGAAUUCUGAAAAGAAACAAGAGUUACAAAAUCUUCUAGAAGAAGAUGAAAAGGAGAAGAGAAUUAAAUCUCUGGGUAAUAUGAGGUUCAUUGGAGAACUUUUCAAACAACGAAUGUUGAAUAAGUUGAUCAUGCAUGGAAUUAUAAAGCAUUUGCUUCAACACAAAAGCGAUAUGAAUUUAGAAAGCGUGUGUACACUAUUAACGACAAUCGGAAAAAAUUUGGAAACCAAUGAUGAUCUAAAAGGCUACUUUGAAGAAAUGCAAAAAAUAAUCAAUGAUAACUGUGUUGGAGAAAUAAGCUUGAAAGUCCUAAAUGUAAUUAAAGAACUGAUUGAGUUGAGGAAAAAUAAAUGGAUUUCUGGGGUUAAUGAUGAUAAUCCUAAGGCUAGCGACGAAAAUGAUAAUACAGUUGAGACUCCUGAUCUUGAAAAUAAGUCUCCUUCUGUUGACGAGAUUCAAUUUGAAAGUGCGUCUACGAGUCUAAAUAAUAUUUCCUCGGAUCUGGAAAAAAGUGUAUCUUUGCCACUCUCAGAGUCGAAGUCGACGGAAUUUGGAGAAUCUGGAACAUCGGAUGAAAAAUCCUUUGAAGAGAAUAGGCAUUUGCAAAAUGGAAAUUCGGAAAAUUGUUCUGCUGGUGAUAAAUCAGGAAAAUCUAAAGCAGAACUCAUGUAUAUUUUGAAUGGUAUUGUCGAAGAAUAUAUUGAUAAAGCUAACAACGAUGAUAUUUUGGUAGAAAUUAAGAAAAAUUUCUCCAGUUCUAAUCUAUCAAUGUUAGUUUACGAAAUAAUUUACGCAGUAAUUAAAAAGUCAAAGAAUGCUCGAGAAAAAAUAUCGAAACUUUUGUCUUUUCUGGUCUCAAAAAAAGUUAUUACCCUGAAAGACUUUAGAGAAGGAUUUGGUCAAAUACUCGGCAUGUUUGAUGUUCUUGUCAACGAAAAUUCUCAGAUACGGACAUGUUUUGCUGAAAUUUUAUUGUACCUCGUAAUUGAAGAGACCCAUCCAAUUUCGGAAUUGAAAACUACCUUAGAAAGUUUAAGAAUCAAAGGAGAGUCUGGUAAGUUAGUCGCUAAAUUAUUCUCCAAAAUGUCCGAAAUCAGUGGCUCAAAGUCGACUGGCGAAAAAUGGAGGCAAAGUGGAUUGCAGGUUAAGGACAUUAUUGACACAGAACGAGAACAAAUCGACCGAAUCGUCAAGAAUUAUAAAUUAGAGUUCCUGCUAAACGAUGGCGAGAACUUAGAGAGUAAUAUUUCAAGUAAUGGUUCUUUGGAAGUAUCUACUGAUGAAAUUAAAUCUAAUCAAAAUGGCGAUCGAGAUGAACCAGUUAACAGAUCGAGAAAGUAUUUUUUUAAGACUUCGAAUCUUAAAAAUAAGUCGCUUUCUGCGAAUCGUAAAAAUUCGAAUUUUAAUACCAAAAAUUCUGAAAGCUUAUUAAAAAGUGCUUCCUCGUCGAAUCAGCACGAACAAACGAACAGUACCAACAAAACUUUCUUUUUCAAGAAACAAGGAUGGAGGAUUCGGAAUCAACAGAAGCAGCGGAAAUCUGCUUACGAUAAUUUAAGUGCCGAAGAAAAAGCAAAAGUUGAGAUUCUUUACAAAGAAAUGUUUCGUGAGACUAAUGGAUCCGAGUCUCAAAAUUUCGACUUUUUAAUUGACAUAGGAAAAACUUUAAAAUCUGAAUCUCCGAAAAGGUUGCGAGAAAUCGUGAAGCUUCUUUUUGAAAAGGCCACUCAGGAACCUAGUUUCUCCUCAGCUUGCGCUUUUAUGUGCAAGGAGUUUUUCUACGCAAGAGUUUUCAAUCCAGACAACAAAACAACCGAGAGCUUGAAACCUUUAAUUAUUUCACGGUCUCAGAGCGAGUGUGAAAAAUAUUCUCUCGAGGAGAUUGCCAAGAUAGGCAAAUUGCAAAUGCAGAUAAGAAUCGAGCUCGCCAGACUCGGCAAGCUACAACUUCAGUUAGAAGAGGAAGAAAAAAAGUUGGAAACGAAUUCCGCAACUAAUGUAAAGUUUAUUGGCGAGCUUUUCAAGCAAGGAGUCUUAACAACCAAGGACUUAAAAAAGUUACAGGAAUCUAAAGAGGCAUAUGAAAAUGCGAAUUAUCAAGAUUCUGUUGAUCAGAAUUCUAAUAUUGUGUUGAAAAGGCCCUUUGGAAGGCCACAAGUGCCUCCAUAUGAUCAAAUUUAUGUUCGACAACUGGGGCCAUAUUUAGCGCCAUCAGUCGCACCACAAGCUUAUCCACCAGCUUAUCAAGCUUAUCCAUUGGGACCUUCUGCGCCUGUAGGGCCACCAGGCGGGCCUCCAGCUUAUUCUCGACGAAUAGGGCCAUAUUUAGUGGCCGCCACCCCGCCACCAGGUUAUCAAUUAGGGCCACCAGGUGGGCCUCAAGUGCCAAGUUAUUAUCAAGUAGGGCAACAUGCGGCCCUAGUGAGCCCAGCGAUGGGCUUUCCCUCGAGUGGUUCCAUUUCGACCAGCAGGGGUGUGAUACAGUUUCAUGAAGAUGACGAAAUGUUCUACAGAAGAGUUCAAAUUUUGCUGAGUGUCCUCCCCCUCAGAAAGAUAGAUGCAAUCGCUGCCAACUUCAAGCUUAUGUUGGCAAUUGACUCCCAGGAACGGCUCCAAGGAGUCGUCGAUAUAGUUCAUAAGGCGGCCAUUGAAGAAUCAGCUCUAGAUUCAUGGCCUGAAAUGUACGCUCUUCUAGUCAAGGAAAUAUUCACAUUGCCAGUUUCCGGUACAGCCGACAAGUCUCAGGCAAACUUUCUCAAAUUGAUUGUGGGUCGUUGUCAAGCUGAAUUUGAUUCAUACCUCGAGAAUGAUUAUUUGAAUGAUUUAAAAUCUAACGAAAUAGAUUCCUCUGAUUCGGAAGCGGAAGAAGCGUUUCAAGAGCUUCUAGAAGAAAACAUGAAGAUGCAAAUGAAGUUUAUUCGUAAUAUCAGGUUUAUGGGAAAGCUUUUUAAGCAUGGAUUAUUGCCACCGUCGAUCAUGAUUGCCUGCUUAAAACGCUUAUUGGAACAAAAAGAAGAAGAAAGCUUCGAAUGUUUGCACACACUGUUAACAGAAUCCGGGCAAAAAUUGGAAGCCAAUGAAGAAUUGAAUGGUGUCUUUGAGCAGAUCCAAAAGAUUCUGAAUCAAAACAGGUCUAGCAAAAGGGUCCUUUUCUUGUUCCAAGAUCUUGUCAACUUGAGAGCGAAUAACUGGGUAUCCAGGAAAAAAGAGACAGGUGGAAUUGAGGGAUCUCCCAAAAAUAGAGUCUAUAGCAGAGAUUUCUUGAUGAAACUACAGAAGGAUCCCAACAGUAAAGUUAAACCUGUUAAUCUUCCAGACUUGGAUGUUGUCCUCGAUAGUACAAAGGUCCAACAACCAACGAGCAGAUCGCCAAGCCAAAUGAGGCCAAAAAUUAUUACAAUCAGACGAGUGGAGGAAGUGAAACUUAGAGAAUCGGACAAUCCUUGGAAACCAAGUAGGCUUGCAGUCUCUGAUAUCCCCGAGGAUGAUGCUGUAACUCAAACUCUUAACAAACAUGUGAGUUGGUUACUCAAUAAGCUUACUCUUGAGAAAUUUGAAAGAUUGGUUAGUCGAAUUCAUUUGCUAAAAAUCGAUACCAAGAAGAAGAUGGACGGAGUUAUCAACCUUGUUUUUGAAAAGGCCAUUGACGAGCCGAAUUUCUGUGUAGCAUAUGCUCUCAUGUGUAAAGAACUUGUUCUGAAACAAGAAAGCAUUGCAGAAGACUUUAAAAAUUGUCUUAUUACUCGGUGCCAAUCGGAAUUUGAGAAAAAUCAUAUAAACGAGAAGUUCAGGGAAACCAUGAAAGCUAGGGAACUUCAGAAGUGCGCCGAUGCUGAAGAGAAAAACGAGCUACAAGCACGUUAUGAAGAAGAAGAAAGAAGGAUACGACUGAAGUCUGUUAAUACCAUUAGGUUGAUAGGAGAACUUUUCAAGCAAGGACUAUUACCCAGAGAGCUUAUGCAUUUCUAUAUAAAUCACCUUUUGCAACACAGAGAUGAGGAGAAUUUAGAAUGCUUAUGCAAACUAUUGGAGACAAUUGGAAAAGAUUUGGAAACUGAUGACGACUUUGAAGGUUACAUCGAGGUCAUGAAAAUUAUUCUUAUUGAUAUGAGACUUGAUAAAAUAAGUUACAGACUCCUUUCCAUGAUACAAAAUGUAAUUUCUUUGAGUUCGAGCAAAUGGAUGCCUAAGCGAGGAACUAAUAAUCCUCGAAAAGUAUUGAUAAACAAAAUGAAUGUGAUCACUCUACAAAAUGAUAAUGUGGACUCUCACCUGAGAUUCAAUCACUGCAGUUCAGAGAAUGCUUGGAAACCAAAGAGGCUUGAGGCCGAAAAUAUCCCUGAGGAUGAGGUUGUAACCCAAAAUCUUUACAAGAAAGUUCGUUCUGUGCUCAAUAAGCUUACGCCUCAGAAGUUUGAUACCCUAGUUAGCCAAGUGAGAGCUUUAGCAAUCGAUACUAAGGAAAGGAUGGACGGAGUCAUCAACCUUGUUUUUGAAAAGGCCAUUGAUGAACCUAGUUUCUCUGUAGCAUAUCAACACAGAGACGAGGAGAACCUAGAAUGCUUAUGUAAACUGUUAUCGACAAUAGGAAAAAAUUUGGAAACUAAUGAUAACUUGAAGGAUUAUUUUAAGAUUAUGGACAGUAUCGUGAAUGAUAAGGGACCUAAUAAAAUAAGUUCCCGAGUUCGUUUCAUGAUUCAAGACGUAAUCGACUUGAGGUCGAAUAAAUGGGUGCCCAGGAAAGAUGAUAGUAAUCCUAAGACUAUGGACCAAAUCCAGCGAGAUGCAGAAUCAGAGCGACUAGAUGCGCGAUUCAACCAUUAUCUCAACCUCUCUUUCGACGUUCCACGAAAGGAUGGUCGAGGUGGCGACAGGAGAAGAAAUAUAUCGAAAACGAAAAAAUUAGAAGGGACGAGAACUACCUACUCUCCUGCGACUUCGAAACUUAAUAAUAAACCUGCCAUUCCUGAAUCGAAUUCACCAAGAUCCCCUGAAUUGUACGCCCUUAUAGUCAAGGAAAUAAUCAAAAUGCCAGUUACCGGCACAUCUGACUUUUUAAAAGUAAUUCUGGACAUGUGCCAAGCUGAAUUUGAUUCAUAUUUCAAGAAGGAAGAUUUGAAGAGUAUCAAAGUUAAAAAAAUUGAAGAGUGUGUCGAUCCCGAAAAGAAACAAGAGCUUCAAGAGCUUUUAGAAGAAGAAGAAGUGAAGAAGCGAAUGAUUUCUAUUCGUAAUAUCUGGUUCAUGGGAGAGCUUUUCAAGCAUGGAGUAUUGCCUCCGCCAAUGAUGAUUGCCUGCUUGAAACGUUUAUUGGAACAAAAAGACGACGAUAGCUUAGAAUUUCUGCACAAACUGAUAGUAGAAUUCGGAGAAAAAUUGGAAAUCGCUGAAGAAUUAAAUGAUGUUUUCGAGCAGAUGCAAAAAAUCAUAAAUGAAAAAGGAUCUACGAAAAAAGUCCGUUCCCUUUUUCAAGAUGUUAUCAACAUGAGAGCGAGCAACUGCGCUUCCAGAAAAAACGAAAAUAUUUUGAAAUUUGCGAUAAAUAUUCCAGAAAAUGCAGAGGCCGAGGAAUUUGAUUGGCAACUGGAAUAUCUUCGUCUUGACGAUUUAUCGAAGGAUAUAUUUAAUCCUUAAAUACCGUUUUUUCACGUAUGGGCCUGCAUUUUAAUUUUUCCAAAGAUUCU